AUGCUGGUGGACUUAUUGAUGGUCUCUGCAGAGUCUGCUAGGGCUGAGACAGCCCAGUGUCGUGGACCGUACGUACGCCUGCAAUGGGUAUGUGAUAUAUAUGAGCGCCGAUGCCAAGCAGGUCAUUGGACAGUUGCGGUUCGCGCAUAUCUUCUUCAUCUUGUGGGUUGCACUUUGUUUGCUAACAAUAGUGCAACCAAUGUGCAUGUUGUCUACUUAGAGGCCCUUCGUGACCUCAGUAUGACGGAGAGGUACGCUUGGGGAGUGGCUGCUCUGUGCUGGAUUUACAAGCACUUGCUGUCAGUCGCGGACUCCACUGCUGAUCAGGACUAUGACGAGAAUUCUCUGCGUGCGUGUAGGUGGAUUGCAACAAAGAAGACCGUGAAGAGCAUUCGUACGCCAGCUCUCUUACGCUGGGGGCCUGUUGCUAUUUAUUAUCGACCAGAAAGGGUCGUGUGGCAGUUUGGAUACACGCAAACCAUUCCUGCUCCUCCUGUCGAUUCAUGGGUCUCGUAUGAUGAUAUAAACGACAGGUGGAUGCACUACUCAGAUCAUAUCGUUUCAGCAGGUGAGGUGUGCGCUGUGCCAGACCAGUGUGUCAGUGACUACAUGGUCUGGUUCUUCCGCAUCUCGCAUCCUUUCAUGACACUAGGCCACGCAUCAGAUCCUCUGCCUGAUGGUCACGCCCCGCAGCCCCGAGUCGUCCCUCAGGCCCAGCAGACGGAUAUCCCUCACGUGCCGGAGCCAGAAGCAUCGUCAACAUCUGUGGAUGAGCCUAGACAUGCAGUGGAAAUUUGUGAUGACAUUGCUGAGAGGUUGGAGCGCCAUCUGAGUCUAGGGGUGGUCACGCCAGGCUCAUCGACACAUGGGGUGAUUGAAGAAUGCCUCAGGUUGGCCAGGAGUGUGACACAGGUGUAUUUCAUUAGUAAUGUUAGUUUUAUUUAUUUCCAUUGA